UGUACUCAGCCUGAAGGAAGUCCAGGUGAAUGGAUGGAUCUUAAGACAGGGAUUCAUGCAGUAUGGAGAUGUUCGCCCCACGGUACUUUGUUUGGAUACUUCUGGAAGGAACCUUUGGUUUGUUUGUUCUUGGGCAACAUCAGGAUAAAGUCUCCUUCAGCAAGAGAGCAUCCUCUGAAGACCCUUCUUCACAGAAAGACUCGGCGCUCCAAACUGGACAUUUGAACACCAAACUCCCCCUCACCGGCCCCCAUGCUAAGCAGGGACUUCUGGAAAUACUCGGAGGAAACUCCCAGUCACACUCCAACCCAUCCUUAAAGAUAAAGCUCCGUCCCAUCAUGAAAGUCCAUGGAGCAUCCAAGUUCUCCAGGACGUUCAGCUGGGGGGACUUCUACUCAAACAUUAAAACGGUCAAACUGAAUCUGCUGAUAAUGGGAAAGAUUGUGGAUCACGGGAACGGCUCUCUGGGAGUCUACUUCCGCCACAACUCCACAGGGGUGGGCAACGUGUCCGUCAGCCUCGUGCCCCCAAUGAAGGAGGUAGAGUUUGAUCUGGAGCGCCAGAGUGUGGUCAACCCCAAAGAGUCCAAGACCUUCAACUGCAGGGUGGACUACGAGAAGACGGAGCGCAACAAAAAGGUGAUGCUGUGUAACUACGACCCGUCCAAGACCUGCGCUCAAGAGCAGACGCAGAGCCACGUCACCUGGAUGUGCUCCAAGCCCUUCCAGGUCAUCUGCAUCUACGUCUCUUUCUACAGCACCGACUACAGACUGGUGCAGAAAGUGUGUCCGGACUACAGCUCCCACAACCCAGGAGCCUACCUGCCCACAGGUUAACCAGAGGGCAAAGAGAAUACUUUGGAUGUUUCUUUGGAUGUCCAGUUUCAAUUCUAGUGAAUGCUUGUUUUACCAUUGAUCAGCCUUUAAAGUAUAUGUUUUAGUCCAAUAUCUGCUUGUUCUAGACUACAAGAGUUGUCUUAGACUGUUUUUAUGAAUGCACAGUAUUAGGGGUGGAACAAACAUAUUUUCAUUAUUGAUUGAUGUGGCGAUUGUUUGUUUUUUAAAUUAUACUUUUCAAUGUAUCCUUUAGUUUUUAUGAAAGUUGUGAAUAAUGCUCAUGAAAACCUUAAACAGGCAAUGCAGAUAAUCCUGAGAGGAGAUCAAUCAUAUUUAGUAUUGUAUUCUCUUUAUAUAAAAAUAUUAAUUGAAUAAAGUAAUUACUUUUGCUCUACCCAUACUAAUAUCUGCCGAUACUAGACAAUAGCAAGUUUUGGUUUGUAAGGUGUGAUAUAGUUAAGUUAGUUUGUAAUACUUAAGAAAUAAGACUAUAUAUAUACUCACUGUAUAGUCAGGAUGUCCCAUGCAUUUGCAGCGUUCUUAUUUUGCAUAUCAAUUUACACUUUUGCCAAAUGUUAGACCUCAUGUACACACUAAGGACAUGUAUGUGAAGCAAU